AUGAUUUCUCCAAGCCUGUGUACUCGCCUCCCCAAGCGGGCCUUCCCCGCAUUUCGCCCCCAGCGACAGUUCAGUUCGGCACGCCCGACAUGCAAGGAGAUUCAGGAAGCUUACAUUUUGAGUGCUUCUCGAACACCAACAGCAAAGUUCAAUGGUUCUUUUACUUCCGUAUCGGCACCUGAGCUUGGCGCAGUUGCAAUCAAAUCUGCGCUCGAUAAAUCCAAGGUACCUGUUGAGAAGAUCACAGAUGUAUAUAUGGGAAAUGUCUUGCAGGGCUCAGUAGGUCAGGCACCUGCCCGUCAGGCAUCUAUUUUUGCCGGUCUCCCUUCCACCGUUGAAGCUACAACAAUCAAUAAGGUUUGCGCUUCUGGAUUGAAGGCCGUGGCACUUGCCGCACAAAAUAUUCAACUGGGCUUGGCAGAGGCGCAAGUGGCUGGUGGCAUGGAGAGCAUGACUCGUGUCCCCUAUUAUAUGGCACGUGCUAGUCAAUUGCCCCCCUUUGGCGAGAUCAAGCUAGAGGAUGGUCUCAUCAAGGAUGGUCUAUGGGAUGUUUACAACAAGUUCCACAUGGGCAUCUGCGCAGAAAAUACUGCGAAAAAGUACGAGAUCUCUCGGGAGGACCAGGAUUCAUAUGCCAUCCAGUCAUACGAGCGUGCCCAGCAGGCAUGGAAGGAGAACAAGUUUGCAGAUGAAAUUGCCGUGGUUACUGUGAAAGGUAAGAAAGGAGAUACCGUUAUCGAGCGGGACGAGGGCUUCGAAAACUUGCGUGCCGAUAAGUUGAAGACCCUGAAGCCUGCCUUCCUGCGGGAUGGGACUGGUACCGUGACUGCCGGCAACGCAUCUACCAUGAAUGACGGAGCAUCCGCGUUGAUUUUAGGUAACAAGGAUAUUGCUCGCCAAUAUGGCGCUGGCAGCCGUGUCUUGGCCCGUAUUGUUUCCUCGGCCGAUGCCGCCAUCGACCCCGUGGACUUCCCAGUUGCCCCUGCUAAAGCGGUUCCGAUUGCGCUGGAGCGUGCAGGUAUUACCAAGGACCAAGUGGCAGUAUGGGAAUUCAACGAGGCUUUUGCGGCAGUCAUCAAAGCCAAUGAGAAGAUCCUCGGUUUGCAAAACGCCAAAGUCAACAUGCUUGGAGGUGCCAUCUCUCUUGGCCAUGCUCUCGGCAGCUCAGGCUCCCGUAUCCUCGUGACCUUGCUCCACCAACUGCAGCCCGGCGAGUAUGGAGUGGCUGCUAUCUGCAACGGCGGCGGUGCUGCAACCGCAAUGGUUGUGCAGCGGCUGGAUCGGACACCAAAAAAUGGCAGCGAUGAUGAUGCUGCUCCCAACUCAACCCAAGAUUGGCUCGUCACUCGUGUUAGAGCCAACUUGUUUACGAACUCUGAAUGGCCGAGCUACCUUCCAGGAAAUCGAGAUGAUUUUUCGGUCGCUGCAGACCUUUCAGAAAGCAAUGUUGUCGCUCUGGCUUGGUCACCAGCAGGACUAGGCAAAUAUCGACGUAGUGUGCUAGCAGUGCUGACGUCGAAUCUGGUACUGUCCCUCUGGGAGCCCAUUGGCCUUAAGAAGCAAUGGACUAGGGUUGGCGUUGCGAAUCAUGUUCUUCGGUCACACCUGCCAUCACAGGAUCCAGAUAUGCAUGCCUUUCGGAAGGUUUAUAUUCGAUCUUUCACCUGGUGCGAGUCGUUGAAGCCUUCAACGCCUACUGCAGGGUCUUCCUUCCUCCAUUCGCAUGAACGUCGCUGGGGAAUCCCACUGCUAACUGUGGUGAAUGACUUCAACGAAGUAAUGAUGUUGCAGAUCCGCAGAUCAGACCCGACGAACAGCCUUUCCAGGCCUUAUGAUCUUCAAAUCCUGGCCCUUCACUCUCUAACGAACCUGGAAACAAAGGGCAGACGAGUCUGCUCUGGAUCACUAUUCGAGAAGGCAAUCAAAGAGAGACAACGUACUACUGAGCUUUCCUGUGGUCCGUGGCAGAUUUCACCCGCGACUAGCUCAGGAAACUUUGGCUGUGCAGUCGCCAUGAUAGCUGCGGUAUGUGGAACGCAGCUUCGCUUAAUGAAACUCGAAGUCACCAUUGGAAGCCCGCUCGGAGAGACCUCACAACAGUACAAGUUGGUCACAAAUCUCAUAGAGCAUCCUUUGGACCAGUUGAAUGAGAAAUGGGCAUAUCACAACAUCACUGGCCCUCUUAGGUGGCUCCAUACUAGAUCGUCCCCAACAAUCUCUCUGGCAGUCGGUGCCAUGGCAGGCUUCAUAGCCAUAUCCAUGCCCUACGCUGCGUACACGGGUAGCGUUACCAAUGCCGAUGCCAUUGAAUUCCGUGAUUACCCGAUCUAUGAGCCAGAAACCGAGGACAACAAGGGCCGCCAAGUAAGGCACCUGGAGCCGAUUGCUGCAAUGCUCGCUUGCACGAACCCAGAAAACGAUACAUGCAGGCUCCAUGUAGGCACGCUCGGUGGAGUUGGCUUAAUUAUAGAACUUAACCAACUCCAAAGCGGCAACGCUCUACAGCAGCCAAAAUGGAAACGCAUGAUUGAAGAAUUCCAGGAUGAUUAUGACUUGGAGAAUGACUUGGGAGGAAUGUCAGUGUCAAGGAUAUGGGGACUCGCAGCCUAUGGCAACAUCAGUGCGGCUAUAUUCUCUUCGCAUCCCACGGACAUGAUCGAGUAUCGCAUCACCUCUGACGACAGGUCUAUGAUUGUCUUUUCAGAGGAGGGCGAACCCACGGCAAACACCGAAGCCCCAUUUGUGGCCCGCAUCCCCGAUGCUCAACCCUCCGGCCAAAACCAGACAGGAGAAGUGAUACGUUUCGUGCUACCUGGUGACGAUGGUAAUAUUGAACCUGAUACGGAGAGUCAACGCCUGGUUUAUGCAGUUGCCUGCCGUGCCAUUGUGGGCGAAGAGGAUGAGUCGCUUCGACUUCACGCUCGGCAGUCUCUAGAGCGUCUAGCAGUAGUGACAGGCGCGGACCUGAGCGAUGAGAUUUCCAAAUGCAACAACAAUCCAUCCCCAAUAUUAGCAAGGACUCCGGAGCACCUCAAUGGCCCAGGCGGUUACAUUUACGAGAAGUGCGAAGUUUGCGACGCGGGAAUUGGCUGGCCGACGGCCAAGUUGGCCAAGUGCGCCAAUGGCCAUGUUUGGGAACGAUGUGGACUGUCCUUCCUUGCCAUUCAGGAACCUGGGAUAUCCAAGUAUUGUUUUGUCUGUCGCAAAGAAGCCCUCGAUGAAGAACGAGUGGCAUGCACGCGUGGGGGAAAACAAGGUCGAACAUUCGAUGCUCUCUUUGAGACCUUUGAUACCUGCUUACAAUGCGCAGCCAAAUUCCAGGCCAGUUACUAA